GGAAGGAGGCCUCAUGAUGCCGGGGCCGGGGUCCCGUCCCGGCCAUGUGGGGUGCCGCGGGUGAGGGGGUCCCCGCGGCCAAAGUCCUCAGCCGGGUGGCGGCGACCACCGCCCCUGCCCGGCGCUGAGAGGGGCUGGGCCGGGGGCGGCGGCCCCGGGCAGCCGGAGCCCCCCACCCGCAGCGAGGACAGCUUACAGAGGGCAGGUGAAGUAGCUCUGCGCCAGGAAGAUCCGAUCCCUUUCCCUCCGGCCUGCCCUUAAAGCACCUCUGCUUGGAAGGGAAAUACCUGGUCGUCAGGUGCAGGAGCAGCUAAACACCUUGUUCCUUGUCAUACCGUGAGAAAUUGGAUGAACCUUCGGGAUGCAGAAACAGGGAAAAUCCUCUGGCAAGGAACAGAAGAUCUGUCUGUACCUGGAGUGGAGCAUGAAGCUCGAGUUCCUAAAAAAAUCCUGAAAUGCAAAGCAGUAUCUCGGGAGUUAAACUUUUCUUCAGCAGAACAAAUGGAAAAAUUCCGUCUGGAACAGAAAGUUUAUUUCAAAGGGCAGUGUCUAGAAGAAUGGUUCUUUGAAUUUGGUUUUGUGAUUCCUAACUCCACAAACACUUGGCAGUCCUUGAUAGAGGCAGCACCUGAGUCACAGAUGAUGCCAGCUAACGUUUUAACUGGUAAUGUUAUUAUAGAAACCAAAUUCUAUGACGAUGAUCUUCUCGUAAGCACUUCCAGAGUGAGACUUUUCUACGUUUGAGAUGGGGCUUUUUGGAGCUGUUUUAGUUUUCCUCCAUACAGUUCUUGGUGCAGAACCCCCCUGACUAUCCAGUGGAAGACACUCCUGUAGGCAGUGACCCUGGGGACCAGCUCAACGUGGGUUGUGACCUUUGCCCAUCAGUUCUUUUGCUUUCUUCUCUGACAAGACCAGACCAAAUCCUCAGAGAUGGGGCCAUCUGCUUAGCGAUGCCCUCAGGAAGAGAGGCUGCCUCUGAACACAGGCAAACAAUGGUCAUGCAGAACCAAUACUGUAAAUUUAUGUUAGUCUCAUCCUUUCUACUUCUCUGGACCCUGGUAUAAUCUCCCAUUUCCACUCACACCAAACUCUCAAUGCUUUGAUUUUGGGAUUAAGUUAACCUUUUCAUUUUUUUCAUGUUGUAGAUUUUUAUCCUUUCGCUGGAUUUCUGUGUAACUGGUCCACACAUCCUCUUACCCCAAACUUGUAAAAUAGACUGUGAUAUCACCUAAUGUAAUUAAAACAAAUUUCUCAAUUAAAACAUUCCUACCGUCCAAAGAAGGGAAAAAAUGUCA